UUCAGUUUCCUCACCAGUCAUAGAACUCACCAAUGUCAAAAAUGAAAUGGUGUUAGAGUGUAAAUCUAAUGGCUGGUAUCCAGAGCCUCAGAUGUUGUGGGUGUACAGUGAGGGAAAACCCAUUUCUGUUGAACCUACAAAGAUUGUCAGAGGUUCUGAUGGCCUCUAUGCUGUCAGCAGUAAAGUGACUGUGGAGAAAGGACAGAGCUACAGCUUCACCUGCAAAGUUCAACAGAAGAAUAUCAGUCAAAUCAAAGAGACACACAUCCAUGUUUCAGGUGAUCUCUUCAUGGUUCAGUCUAAUACUGCUGUUCACAUUAUCAUCAACUUGGCUGUCUGUUUAAUAAGCGUCGGGACAGUAAUAUUCCUAAUAUGGAAAUGUGGACAAAAGAAAACCAAAAUCAGCAAACAUGAUGAGGAUGAAAAUGAACAACAUCAAACAGAGAUGGAGGAGGAAAAAUUACAGAGAGAAUGUGAGGAAAAGAAAAGACUUGAAGAGGAGUUGCAGAACAAGGAGGAAGACUUAAAACAUGUCAGACAAACCAUUGAAAAAGUGAUGGAGCAGAAGACAUUUCUGAAGAACCAGAGAGAAAAACUCCACAAACUACUGCAGGAGGACAAGGCAGAGAUGAAAGAGGUCAUGAAAAAAGAGAAAGAAACUCCAAUAACUGACAAAGAGAAAAGAAUGCAGAAGCGUGGAGAUAAAAAAACUGACCUGGGAAAGAGAACAGAAUGCAGGACAGAGUAA